UCUCCCGACUCCCCCCCUUUCCCCAAUCCCUCCAUCGAGCACAACCCACACCGCCGCACACAGCCCGUUACCUACGUUCCCACUAAGCCACCACCACCUCACCUCGACGGCCACCCCCUCCAUCUCCCCCAGCCCCCCUCCAAUAUCUUGCCUCCACGAAUAUGGCGUCGCCCCUCUCUCUCUUGGAUUUAUCUAUGUCGCCGCCGCUAGGGGUGCCGUUUGCCACCACCCACACGUCGACGCUGUCUCCAAUUCUCCGUCAGAGCCCCCUUCUCCUCCGCCUAGCCUAACAACCCGAGCGCCUCCCUCUCUCCCUUGCUCUGUUCGCAACCCACGGCCACCAGCUCUCCCUAGCGCCGCCUUGCUCCUCCUGAUCCACCACUCCACGCCAAGCAACCACCCCUCUCAGCUUCUUCAUUAACAAAUUUGGCUUGCCAAAGAGAGGUUAGGGCUGAUUUUGUUCGGUUUCAGGGCCAGGGGCAGUCAAUUUUAUUUUAAAUCAUGCAGAGGUUGAUUUUGUUUUCAUCCAGGAUAAGAAAGUGACAUAACUACUAAAUCCUAACAUGUGCAAUUUUGACCCUGGAUAGAUGACAGAAGCUGAUGUGUAUCUUCCUUUUCCUACCCCUAGCUCAUAUCAUUGACUGUGUGAUUGAAGAGGAUUUUUUUCGUAUGGGUGCUUCUGUUGGCUACUAUCAUGAGGAUCUUAAAGCAAUCUGGGAUGAUUUGAUGGAGCUGAAGCCAACAUGUUUUGUUGGAGUGCCUCGAGUUUUUGAAAGAGUGCAUGAAGGUAUUCUACAAGCAUUACAAGAACUCAAACCAAUUCGGAGAAAUAUUUUUCAUCUGCUCUACAGAUACAAACUUACUCGGAUGAAUUUAAGGUUUAAACAGAAGAAUUAUGCACCAUUAGCAUAUCUAUUGGCAUUAAGGAAGGCCAGGUAUUUGGAACAUAUGUGGGUACGUGCGUAUCUGUGGCUGGAUCAUGUAUUCUCAUCCUGAAGAAGUUACUCUA